CUCCUCCUCUUUAACGUCCCCAGUACCAGGAACAGCAGCAGCCUUGGUCGGAGACAGAGCCUGGUAGCAUUGGCUGCAAUGUAACAAGCCGGCUUUGUCGACCAACUCAGCUGCCAGGACCGAGAUGAGGUGCAGCAGCCGCUACACUGUCAUUUUCUGGAAGAUGGACAGAUAGAAAAGAACGAAGAGAGACUAAGAGAGAGAGAGGAAGGGAGAGAGUUGAAGACGGUGCACUGCAGAUGAACCAAAGAAGACCCAGAGUCUGCUUAUUAUUUUGGUCCUCUGAAUCUGACUUCAUUGAUUUCUGAGCUACCGGCACACACUGCCAGAAAGAGAGAGAGAGAGAGAAGAAGGAAGAAAGAGAUAGAGAGGGAGAGAUGUCAUUUCUUCAGGAUUACAUUUCAUAAUGGAGGUGAUGACCUGAAGACAUCAUGUCGGAGGUCCAGGGAACUGUUGACUUUUCUGUGGAACUGCACAAAUUCCAUAAUGUGGAUCUCUUCCAGAGAGGGUAUUACUUGGUGCAUGCAAGUCUGAAAGUCCCAUCUAGAAUCCCACAUCGGGUGUUGGCAACUAUUGUGGAACAAACAGGCAAUUCAAUCCUCUGCUCCGCCUGUGUCCAGGACAACAGUGUCUAUAGCAGAGUCUUUCAGAUAUUGUACAGAAAUGAAGAGAUUGUCAUUAAUGAAUCUAUGAACUUCAGAGUCCAUCUUCUCCUUGAUGGUGAGAAGGUAGAAGAAGCAUUAUGUGAAGCAGAUUUUCAACUCAAGCUUGACCUGCAGUUUACAGACAGUGAACAACAGCUGAGAGAUGUCUCCACCAUCCCAGUGAUCAGCAGCCGCACUUUGGGGCUUCAUUUCCACCCAAAGCAAGGACUGCAUCAUCACGUCCCUGUCAUGUUUGACUACUUCCAUCUGUCGGCAAUCUCCGUGACUCUCCAUGCCUCCCUGGUGGCUUUGCAUCAGCCUCUUAUCAGCUUUACUCGCCCAGGGAAAGGCACUUGGCUUGGUAAAGGCAACAUGGAAAUGGGACCAGAUCUGACUGGGAUGUCACUAGAAAAUCUAGUGUUUGGAGCUGGUUACUGCAAGCCUACUGCGUCUGAGGGAAGCUUUUAUGUGCCAUCUGAAAACUGUAUGCAACAUGCACAUAAGUGGCAUAGAGAUCUUUGCUUCAUGCUCUUGAAUGCAUAUAGAGGUCUUCAUGUGUAUUAUGCCUUCAUCAAGAAGGAGAUUCCCACUUUGCCGCAACUGAAGUUAGAGGAUCUUGCUGUUGAAGAAACACUUUCUCAACUUUCUGCAGAGCUGCAGAUGCUAAACAAUCCUGAAAAGAUAGCAGAGCAAAUCAGCAAAGACCUCGCUUGGCUCUGCUCCCAUCUUCUGGCUCUCUGGACCCAAUUUUUGGAGAUUGUAACAUUGCAUCCUGAUGUCACAACCAGUCUUGUUCAGGAACAUCAUACUCUAAGGGUAAGAAGAUUCUCGGAAGCUUUCUUUUAUGCUGAACAUCAAAAGCUUGCUGCGUUGACUUUCCAGGAAAGCCUUAUCCAACAUCAUAACCAGGUUUCAAUGGACGUCCGAAACUCUGAGUACCUCACCAGCAUGCCACCUUUGCCAGUAGAGUGCCUCGACAUCGAUGGAGACUGGAGCACACUACCCAUUAUUUUUGAAGACCGAUAUGUAGAUUUCCCCUAUGAAGUUCAGGACUUAGACAUUUUGUCAAAUGAUGUGGCUUCCGCUCUGGAUAAUUCACAAGUGGACUUAGAUAAAGAUGGGAAUCUUUCUUCAAACAAUGACACUGCUUUGGCAAAGAGAGACUUCAGGAAUGAUGUCCCAUUCAUCAUCCAUACAGAUAGGAUAAAUGGGAAAUCAAUAUAUUCCUGCAACUCUUCACAAGGUGAUUGUUCUAUGGUCAAGAGUUCCAAGGAUCAUUCUUCAACUCAGGUACACACAAUGAGUGGAAGUAUCCCAGCACUUGAAAAUCAAGUCAAGUUAGCAAGUGAUGGUUUGCAAUUAGAUCUCCUUACAGAUUCUUCGGAAGGCCUUAACCCACCAAUAGAAUUUUCAGAGAAAAACAACAGACUCAAGACAGAAGUGGAAUAUUUAGACAUGCAUCCAAUAUCCCACCAAAGAGAACCAAUGCUAGUCAUGACUUCCAUGUAUGAUGGUGUCACAUAUGAACAUCUCAAACAUGUAGAAAGGACUAAAUUAAGACAAGAAAAUAAAAGUGAUUACUGUGGGUCUACUGUCAUCUCAGACAAAUUCUCACUAGAAGAACAAAAUAGCUGUGAGAAACAAUUAGAUCAAUGUGAUGAAUCAAUAUUGCCAGCUUCGGAAGGCUUUGAUGCAAAUGAACAGUUUGGAUUACUGAACCAAAUAAAACAUGUUGAGGGGGUCAAAUCUUUUCAGCAGGAGCAGAGAAUGCAAGAGUGUGAAGAGUUUAGCUCCAGAUCAGGGGCCAUUAAGAGAUCUUCAUCUCUAAUUUCAGACUCGGGAAUUGAAAGUGAGCCAAGUUCUGUAGCAUGGUCUGAUGCAAGGAGCAAGGUCUUGGACUUGCCCAGUGAUCGGGAGAUCCUUCACCAGCUGGUGAGAAGGCAUGCAGCUCAUCGGAACUCCUUGGAAGGCAGACACACUGAAAGCAAUACAAGUUUGCCAAGUGGCAUACAAGCCUCUCUCACCUCAAUUAGCUCCUUGCCCUAUGAGGAGGAAGAGGGGGAGGUGGAACCCAACAAGCUGACAAAAUCUAUCUCUGCUCCUCAGAUCAGUAGUCCUGAGGAGACUGUAGAAGACAUGAAUAUAUCCAAACAUAUUCAAACCAUUGCAGACAUUGCUGAGGGGCCUUAUGUAGAAAUAGGGUAUGCCGGCAUGACCUCCACAUGCCAGAAUGAUGGAGAACAUGAAGGGCUGCCACUAUCUAUUACUGCAGUGAAGUAUUCGCAAUCUUUCUUUGAACAAAAUGGUGAAAGUUCUCAACACCCUAAAGUUUUUGAAGGUGUUUCAAAGGUGAACUGUACCCUGGAAACAGCAGGAGUAACUGUGAUCCUAAAGCAAAAUCAGGAUUCAGGUGGAAUUGAAGAACAUCAACUGAUAAACAAAAAUAGGGAGGACAACUUGGGAAACAUAGAUGACCAUGUGGACAGAAGUAUAGCUCAUCUUGAUGAAUACACAAAUGAUGUAAAUGUGCAAAGACGUCACAGUUCAUAUUCCAAAGAUGUGCAGGCAUUCUCAGGAUGUGAGACUAAUGUGUCAGACUUUACUUGUACUAUGCCUGUUUCAUCAGUGGUGGUAUCAGGUUCCAGUUCUACAAAAGGGCCCUAUGGUAGCCCACUUGAUAAUGGCAAAACAGCAUCAUGUGGUGAAGUAAUCCACAAUUUGCAAGAAAUUGAACUGGACAAUACAUCUGAGUCUGGAACCUCUUGUGCUGAAUCGGAAAAGAGAGAGCUCAAAGGAAUGUCAUCAAAUAGCUCAGGACUGCAUUCUGUGGUACCAGAGACUCUGGUACUGGAGAGCAAGAAGGCCAUUGAAGGAGUCAAUUUAUCUGUUUCUUGCACAGCCACCUGUCUUCCCUUUUCUUCUGUUCUCAAAGAGAGUCCGCCGACAGCAGGCUUCUCCUCCAAACAGGUUACCUCUCCUAUCACACACCAACCAGUGGGUUCCUUUGGGGUCAUCUCCAGUGAUUCCAGUGAUGUGGAUGAAGAUACCAAUGAAAGGAUGGUUAGUUUUUAUCAGGCCAAAGAAAAAUUUAAAAAGGAGCUGAAGACUGAAGGAUAUCUGUACAGUGACUUAUCUGUACUAUCUUCUGAUAUCCCAUAUUUCCCACCAGAGGAAGAGGAAGAGAAUUUUGAAGAUGGGAUUCACCUAGUGGUCUGUGUUCAUGGACUGGAUGGAAACAGCGCAGACCUUCGGCUGGUAAAAACUUUCAUUGAACUGGGUCUUCCUGGAGGAAAGCUUGACUUCCUGAUGUCUGAAAGGAACCAGACAGAUACAUUUGCAGACUUCGAUACAAUGACUGACCGCUUGCUGGAUGAGAUUAUCCAGCAUAUCCAGUUGUACAAUUUGUCGAUAUCACGAAUUAGUUUUAUCGGUCACUCCCUUGGUAACGUCAUCAUCCGAUCAGUGUUAACCCGGCCCAGGUUUCGAUAUUACCUCAACAAGCUACACACAUUCUUAUCCCUCUCUGGGCCUCACUUAGGAACAUUGUACAACAACAGUACUUUAGUUAGUACAGGAUUGUGGCUAAUGCAGAAGCUGAAAAAAUCUGGUUCACUGUUGCAGCUGACCUUCAGGGACAAUACAGAUCUGCGGAAAUGUUUUCUGUAUCAGCUCAGCCAAAAAACAGGUCUUCAGUAUUUCAAAAAUGUUGUUUUGGUGGCCUCACCCCAAGACCGCUAUGUACCGUUUCAUUCUGCAAGAAUAGAAAUGUGUAAACCUGCACUUAAAGACAGACAUACAGGUCCAGUGUAUGCCGAGAUGAUCAACAACCUCCUCCAACCAGUCAUUGGGGCCAAAGACUGCACUUUGAUCCGCCAUGACGUGUUCCAUGCCUUGCCAAACACAGCCAACACGCUGAUUGGGCGGGCUGCCCACAUAGCAGUGUUGGAUUCUGAACUCUUCCUGGAGAAAUUUUUUCUUGUGGCAGGACUGAAUUAUUUCAAAUAGUACCACAAGCCUCAGGGGAACAAAGAAGACGACCUUGUGUACAAAGGUGUGCGAUUUUUGGGCUAGGAAAGUGUUAUGCUAUUUGGAAUGAAUGGAGAAUGCCAAGUCAAGGUGGGACACAAACACACAUACGCAUACCCUGAGUAUUUUGGGGAAGAAUCAAGUGCUUUGUUUAUAAAGUAUUCAAAGGGCCAAAUAUUGGUGCUUUUUGCAAGAUGUAAGCAUCUACAUGUUAAGUUCUGUUUUCCUUUUCUGUUUGUUGAAUUACCUUUAUAAGUUGGUCUCAAAAUCCUGACGGUGGGAUUAUGAAUAAGUCUGUGGUUGACCGGACCCAGCAUAUUUCUCUCACCACCAUCAUGAAAAAAAAAUCCAUGUAGUUAUGAGUUGCCUUAGUUGACUUAGCACUGAUUUGUUUUCUUUUGUAGGAUUUUUUGUGUGAGAGCAAUUUGUGUGGCUAAACACAAAAAAAGCAAACAUAAUACUCAGGUUAAUUUUCUUUUGCGAUGAAUCAGAAAAUGAAGAAAAGAAGGCUAGGACUGGGAAAUGUCAGGUUUGCAGCACUCUUUGAAUGAUAGCUUCAAAGAGGAAAGACACAUGCAGCACAUGAACUCCACCUUAGUAGCCAAAGGAGGCAUAAUAAAAUAAGUUCUAUAAUUUCUAAGUUUCAACACUGAACUAAUGUGUAGCAAUGUAUUCCUAAUUUGAGCAAUGGAGGGAAGGUUGUUUUCAUGGGAAGCAUUACAGAAGCUUUGUAAACAUGAGGAUCCUAUUUGGCAAUUGUGUCAUGUUUUUGUUUUCUUC